AUGGCUACUGUUCUUGCCGUCGGCGUCGGCGUUGCCGCAGCUGCUUUCUUCGGUCGCGCAGGUCUCGUUGCUCUCCGAAGAUCAAGAGGAGGCAGCGCAUUAGGCAAAGCAUACUACAAAGGUGGAUUUGAGAAGACGAUGAACCGACGAGAAGCGGCCUUGAUCCUCGAGACUUCAGAACGAGGCAUCACAAAGGACAUGAUCAGAAAGAAGCAUCGGCAGAUGAUGCUUUUGAACCACCCGGAUCGAGGAGGUAGCCCGUAUCUGGCCACGAAGAUCAACGAGGCGAAGGAGCUGUUAGAAAAGACUUCGUGA